CGAACGCAGUUCAAUGUCAAUUCAUCGUGAUGGUGAACACAAUGGCCUCUCGCUCGAUUCCGUGACGGUGAUUCGAUGAACGAAGAAUUUUUAUAGAAUUGCCGUUUUCCUCUCGCGCGUUUAAAGAAAUUCUCUGUCAGCGAACUACGCUGUUCGGUUGUGAUCCCUUGGGUAGCAUCGUAAUCCUUGAUUGGGCUCGAGGUCGCGUCGACAUCGGGGGCUUAAGCUGCGCGCUCGUUCCAGUCUCGUCACUGCUAGCGAUUGCGUUGCGAAGUACAAUGGCCGAUAUGGAAGGGAAGAGGCUGACCGAGCUCCGGGUGAUAGACCUCAAGACGGAGCUAGAACGUCGCGGCCUGGACAAAACCGGCAACAAGGCAGCGCUUCUCGAGCGACUCUCCAAGGCAAUACUGGAUGAAGGAGAGAAUCCGGAGGAAUAUCUUAUUAUACCAUCCGGUGGACAGUCUAAAGUCAUUCCAAGAAAGAAUAGUGGAACUUUGAGUCAAGAAGAUUCUACUGAGUGCUCUGAUAAUCAGAAGGAAGAAAAUGUCGAUGGACAGGAUAAUAUAAAUAAAUAUAAGAUAGAGAUAAAGACAGAAGAACUUGAUGAGAAAGAAAUUACUAUCAAGAAAGAAGUAAAAGAAGAAACAGAGUGCCCUGAAGUUAAGGAUUUUGUUAUUAAGGUGGAAAGAUUGGACGACAAAAUGCAAGGAGUUAAGACAGUGGAUGAAAAUGCACAAAACAACGAUAAGAGUGAGGCAGAGAAAACUGUAACAAAUCAAAUCUCAGAUGCACCAUCUACUACUGUUGAAGCUAAUGGAAUUGACAAUGAGGAUUCUAUUAACUUAACUAUUGGGGAAGAUGAAGAGAAUCUUUUAGCGGAAGAGACAGAGUCUCAUGACAGGCACAAAGAUGGUGGAGAGAAGAAGAAAGUGGAAGAAAACAAGAAGGGAGACUCUAAAGGCAGCGGUAGAGCGGAUCCUGGCACCAGCAGCAAGGAAGGGACGACGUCUGGCGUGAACGGGACGAAGAUCAAGCAGGAGGGUGGAGAUGGAGGAAGCAAGAGUGUGGAGUCUAGCAAUAAGAGUCAGAAAAGAGAAGAAAAAGAUAAAAAGAUAUCUCAGGUCAAUCCAACCAAUGCAAGCAGUCGCAAUUUAUGGGUAUCCGGUUUAUCAUCCAGUACUCGUGCGACCGAUCUGAAGCAAAUCUUCUCAAAGUAUGGCAAGGUCAUAGGUGCAAAAGUGGUGACGAAUGCAAGAACUCCCGGAGCGAGAUGUUACGGUUACGUAACUAUGUCUUCAAGCGAAGAUGCUGCUAAAUGUAUACAGCAUCUACAUAGAACUGAGCUGCAUGGACGUGUCAUAUCUGUCGAAAAGGCGAAAGGUGAUACGCAGCAAAGUCAUGUACGUAAACGUGAUACAGUUAAUGGUAAAUCAGAGAAGAAAGAGGAGAAAGAAAAGCCGAAAGAUCACGAUAUAAAUGAAAGAAAAGAAAAGGAAAUAAAGAAAGAAUUUGAGGAAAAAGGAUCAGAUGCUGCAAAAAAAUCUGAUGAUAAAAGUGAAAACACUGAAGUAAAAGUAAAAAUUGAGAUGCAAGACAAAAAAGAAGAUGCACCUAAAGAGUCAGACUCUCGAUCGAUAAAAUCUACUAGCAAGAAACCGGAGAGCGAAAGAGGACGACGAGAAGAAAAACGAAUGCGUACUUGGGACAGAGACCAUCGAUCUCAUAGUCGAUCCCGGAGUCGUGAACGACGAAAGCGCGAUGAUGUUCUCACAUUUGCUAAAAUCAGAGAGGAACGUGAGCGGCAGAGAUUGCGCGAAAGGGAACGGAUGCUGAGGGAGGAAGAGCGAAGAAGAAGAGAAGACAUGGAACGUCAACGAGAGAUAGAGCGCAGACACCGAGAAGAGGCUGCACGCUUGGAGAGAGAACGUGAGAAGCUGAGACGAGAAAGAGAACGAAUCGAACAGGAAAAGGCUGAGUUACUACGACUCGAGCGUGAACGACAGAAGCUCGAAAGGGAAAAGCUCGAGCGCGAGAGACUAGAGUUGAAGAGACAGCAGAUGCGUUUAGAGGAAAGCCGACGUGCACCACCGCCACCAUCCAUCAAGAGAUCGUCCACCGAUAGAAGAGAUCCGCGAGAUUUGUAUGUGGAAUCUGACAGGAAACGGAUAGCUACAGAGCAUAGUCGCAGACAUAGCCCGGAUAGAAUAGUCGAUAGACGCAAUGAGAUGCUAGAUCGGGUGUCAGAUAGACGAUUGGAUCCUUCGCCACCAUCUCGAUACGAGUCCAGCAGAUCAACUCAAGAAUUGGGAUUGAAAAAGGAAUUCAAAAGAAGUAGCGAUUUCUCUUCAAGGAACAGUCGACCAGAUAGCUUUUCCGAUGUUUCUCGGGGAAGAGAAGUUAUCGUACGACGAGAAAGUUUGUCCACCACAUCCUCGUCCAUAGAUCCUCGACAAGUGAAGGAAAGAUAUGAUCGUCCAAAUACCACAUCUUAUACACGCGAACGCGAAGUACGACGUUCCGAUCCCGAGACGCAUCGAAGCUCUAGAGAUACUCAUACGCGAUUCAGCGAUAGUUUUAAACCUCCGACAUCUAGUACGCCCCGUGAAAGUCGUUAUGUGGAGAGCAAUCGUACACCCAGCAGUUGGCAUUCGGGACCUACAUCCUCGAAAUCUUUUAAUUCUGUAACGGGGAGCAGCGGAUCCCGCGAUCCCCGCAACGAACCUUCUAGCUGGAGUUCUAGAUCGUCCGAUAGUGUUAACAGAUGGAGUAACUCGAGCAGCAUGGGAAACACUCUACGGUAUCCGAUUCCGCCAACUUAUCAAAGCGGACCGAUGCAAUCUACGGGACUGUCCGCGCCCGGGACGGCACCGUCGUACGAGCGGUUCGAGGCGUACAAAUCGUCCAUGCCUAUGAGAAAAUAUUGAUUAUCGGACUGCGCGAACUUUCGCGAUCCGUUCAAGUAAACCGGAACACUCACGGGGAGUUCUUAUAACUCCUUAAGGCGAGUACAGGAUACUAAUAGUUUAAAUAUAAUACGGAUAAAAUCGCGACGAAUUGCAAAUUAUAUAUAUAUAUAUAUAUAUAUAUAUAUAUAUGAUUACGCGAAAUUAAUUGCAGCGUCCGGUCUUGAAAGUAUAACAAUUCCAAAAACAUUUUCUGUUUCCACGCCACAGCUUGAUUGAUCAAAGGAAUCACCUACACAUUCUAUCGACAUCACUCGAUUCACUGCAGUCGAAUAAAGGGUCAAUUUUAUAUAAAAUUCAUAUUGUGCAUAAUAAUGUCCAAGAAGAGGCACUUUCAUAAUUUGCAAUUAUGGAUGUUCUCUUGUCUUUUUUUUUUUUUUUUGUAUAUGUGUCCAUUCAGCAUGAUGUAUACAUAUGGUGGAUACAUUUCUAAACUAUUCGUAUCUAACUGAUUUUUGUACAUGUGUUAAUAGAUCACUGAAGUGUCCCUGUGAGAUAAGAUGCGAUUUAUUUUCUUAUCGGUUUGUAAAUUGCGCGCCAUCCGUUUGUUCUGCAAACGUUGAUUGGUCGGUUAUUGUCAUCCGAGAAAUGUUUGACUUUAAAGCGAGAGGGACGUAGAGGCUAUAAGUGCACCUGUUUAUCUUAAACGAGUUUGUUUUAAUAGAAUAUAAUAAAACGAACGAAAAGUGUAUGACAAAGGAUAUUGUAUUGCAUAAUUCUCUUAUAUUCGUCGGGGAGAAGCAUUUUUUUCUCUUACUUGAUCAGAGUAUGAUUGGGAUCCACAUAUUGGAUCCUGGCAUCGCGGAAGACAAAUUGUACGUGUUAAAUAACGCGGUAGCUAUGCCUACUUUAUACAGCGAAAACGCGAAUGAACUUGAUGUAACGACAAUUGUCACAGUAACAUGAAUAAAUUUAGGAAACAUUAA